UUUUUUUUAAAAAAAAAAAAAUAAUGUUGUAUCAACAAAGUAGAAUAGUAUUAUUAUUCUUUAUAGUGCUUUUAGUAACAUUAUUUGGACCUAACUCUACUAAUGCUACAGCUUUAACUUAUGAGCUCUCUGCUAAUGAAGAUGCCUGUUUCUAUGUUUGGGCAGAUAAACCAGGCAAAAAAGUCGGGUUUUAUUUUGCUGUUCAACAAGGCGGUGCAUUUGACAUUGAUUAUGAGGUCAAAGAUCCACAAGAUGAUAGCAUUCUUAAAGGAGAACGAGAACGUCAAGGCGAUUUCGUCUUUACUGCUAACCAAGUAGGAGAAUAUUCCUUUUGCUUUUCCAACGAUAUGUCAACCUUUGCCGAGAAACUAGUGGAUUUCGAAAUUAGCGUUGAACAUGAAGUACGCCCAGAAUUUAUUGUGAAGAAAGAUGGAGGUAAUGACCAGCAAUUGACGGAGAUGGAAGAGACCUUGUUUAGGUUAUCAGGUACUCUAACAAAUAUUGCCCGCACACAAAAGUAUUUCAGAACGCGUGAAAAUCGUAAUUCGGCUACUGUUGCUAGUACAGAAAAUAGGAUCUUUUGGUUUGCAUUUUUAGAGAGUUUGGCUAUUGUUUCAAUGGCUUGUUUACAAGUAUUUGUGAUUAAAAGCUUUUUUAAUGUGAAAAAAGGUGGUGUUUAAAUAAAACAAUUCGAGAAGGAGAAAAAAAAAGAAGAAACAAAAAAAAAA